AUGGAUGGGUCACUGAGCAUCGAACCGGAGACAGAUCCGGCCACAUUGAGAAGUGAUGCCACUCAACCAAUGGCAGAUCCACUGGCCGACUCAGGAGAGAGUGAUGAUGAAGAUGAUGUUGAGGUGACAAUCGGUGUUAUACCUCCUGUAAACGUGCAGUACAGUAUGAAAGGUUCACUGGAUUUGAACGGCGAAUCAGGGCAAACAGGCAAACUGGAUAUUGAUGCCGUGCCAACAAUCAAUGACAAGCCCAUUUAUGACAUAGAUCUCGCCCAAAUGGAAGACCGCCCUUGGCGAAAGCCUGGCGCUGAUAUAACUGACUAUUUCAAUUAUGGCUUUACGGAAGAUACCUGGAAUAGCUAUUGUGAGCGCCAGAAAAAGCUGAGACAAGAGUACGGAAGUCAGGCUGCUGCGAAUAAGGCACUAUUCUCGUCCAUCACUCUUUCAAAUCCGCUUGGAAUGCCUCGUAAGGCUUGCUUCUUUCUCGUCCUUAUCUAG